CGCACCGCGCCACAGAGAGCUUUUGAUAUUGAUAAGCCUGUGACGAAGGAGCGGACAGCAAACUCCCAUUGUAGGCUACCACACUUGUGUUGCGCUUCAUAUAGAGGCGCACCUUGCGUUAUAAGGAAAGAAGAACCUCGUGUAGGCUACAACGCGUGGAAAAGGAAAAUAAAAAUGGAUUUUAAUCAACUUGACGAGAUUUGAUGUCUCGAGGGAUAACCUAACAUUAGCCUAUAUGGAUGUGUAGCCUAUAAAUAACAUUUUACUAAUCUAGUCUAGAAUAUUGUUUGUUUGGAAGCUUUGUCUUAUGUAUACAAGUAAUUGAAAUAGUUCUGAAUAUUUUUUUCUCAUUACAUUGAUUAUUUUUUUGGAUAAUGUAAGAGGUUAAUUUUAAAGCCAUAGACUAUAAAAUUGGAUGCUUUAAUUUCGCACCAGGACUUUUAAUGACUCGACUGGUGCCUUUUUAUUUUUUUAAAAUUGUGUGAUAGCAAACUAUCUGAGACUAUCAUCCCGACUGCAGGAGAUUGUGUCUGGAACACACUACAAACAGUUCCUUGGGGAUUUAACACAUCAAUUCAAGAUGGACCAAAUUAUCUUCAAAAAAGUCACUUUACUCCCAUAGUGGAAUUUCGAGUUGGGUGGACGUUCUAAGUGGGAAGCGUAUCAUUGAGUAGGCUACAAUUGGUAAUUCACUGGAUACUUUGCUGAGACGUGGGUGUCCGUCUGCUCGCAAGGCAAGGAGUUCCAAUUCCACAGAGCGAGCCGCUGUCCCCGCGCCUAGUGCUGAGGGAGAGACUCGUGCUGUUUCCAUAAAUGCUUGGUCUAUCGCGGAGAAUCCAGCCUGGGCAGCAAGAUGAGCUCGUGGGUUUGGGUUCAGCUGCUCGCGUUGCUUGCGGCAUGUUUGCGGUUUGGCAGCGCAGAGGGAGAUGCUCUCCCUCCUGGUUUGGUGGAGCUGGUUAGAAGCAACCCUAUCUCUUCCAUAGAGGACCUGCAGCUGCUACUGCUCAGUGACUCCGUAGAUGAGGAUGUCUCAGAUUAUUUAUUACCCAGUGGACAACACUCCAACAACACUAGUAACCGACUGCCAAGGAGUCUGGACGCACAGCCGGCUCAGCAGGCACAAUGUAAGGUGAGGACAGAGGUGAUGGAGGUGACCCGUGCCAUGUUGGACCGCAGCAACGCCAACUUCCUGUUGUGGCCUCCCUGUGUGGAGAUACAGCGAUGCUCCGGCUGCUGCAACACCAAGAGCCUGCAGUGUGUCCCCGUGCUGACGCACACCAGGCACCUACAGGUGAUGAAGAUCCAGUACGUGGAGAAGCGGCCCAACUACUCCAAGGCAGUCGUCUCGGUCCACGACCACGUGGAGUGUCGUUGCCAGCCCGCCCCUCGCCCCCCGGCCAUCCCUAAGAAGAAGUCUACGCCCCGCAGACGGCAGAAAGACAACAAAGGAGAGGUGCAUCCAGCCAAGGCCAGAUCCAAGGAGGAGCUGCACCGCAGAGACGAGCUGAAGCACAACCAGAGGAUCCAGCUGGAAGACCUGCUGGACCAGCACUGGAACCCCAAAGACACCUCCUCAAAACCAGGGGAGGGGAAAGGGGGCUAUGGGCUAAACCAUGACAAGAUGGAUCCUCAGUGGGUACUUAACGCUACCAGACAGCUGGGGGCUAAGGAGUGGACCGGACGUCGACAUGACAUGGAGGAGGAGAGAGACAGUAGUAGUGUCAACGGCACUACAACUGCAGUGGACGUCGACAUGGCACAGCUUGAUCACGAGAAGAGAGACGGGGUCGAGACGCGAGGGGACUCGCUAUUUAACAUUACUGAGGGAAAUGUCAGUAGGGGAGAUAGGCAGCAGGGUAGUCUGAGCCUUAGUGAGGAGGAGGGAGACCAGGAGACACAGAGACAACCCACACAAACACAGAGUCCCUCGCUACGCACCAACACAUCAAAGCAACAGCGACAUGGGAACAACUCCUCCUCAGAGGAAACCAAAAGCAGAGAGGGAGCCAAUCAAAGAAUGGAACAGCGAUUCCAUCCUACGGAGGAAACCAAUCAGAGGCCCGAGAGCAGAUUUCCUCCCCUUGAGGAAACCGAUCAAAGACGUAAAGACAAUGAGACCCCUGAUUCAGAGAGGAGGCUCCAGCACGCUCUCCAACUGGAACAGGAGAAGCUGGAGGAGGAGAGGAAGGAGCUGUUGUUACUCCACAGGAGGCUGGACGAUGAGAAGGAGCUCCUGAGAUGGGAGCAACAGAAACAACAGCAAGAAGAAGAGGAGCAGCAGUACCAUCGUAAACAUCAUCAAACUCAAACCACCACACAAAGAACAGACACAGUGUCGCCCACUUCGACGCGAGCGCCCUCAGUCCCGGCUGGUCCCCGGCCACCUGCUCGGCCCGGCCCAUCUAGGAAGAGAAUGAGGAAGAACAACCGCAAGCGCAUCAGCAAGGCUGCGAUGAGAGCAAUGCUAAUGUAGAACCUACAAUCUCUCUGCAGCUUCCAUGCUCUCUGUCUUUGUUGUGGACAAUCCAGUGACGACACCGAGCAGUUAAUUCCUUUCUUAUGAGUUAAUAUUCAUGUGUCAGUAACCUGCUCGUCCUGUGACCGUGAGGUAUUCCCUAAUAGUACUAAUGAUUGUCUGGUGAACCCAAAACAACCCUUGGACGGAAAGAAUUAUGGGACAAGAAAAAUUGGAUGUAAAUACAUACGAGGUCGAGAUGAUCCAUCAACAUAUCUCUGAUCCAUCAAAUGAUGAUCUCUUAUUAACAACAAGAUGUUCCCCCAGUCUGAUCAAGAACACUGGAACGUUGAAACAGAACAUUCAAACAACAUUAGACCGUUGGAACAGAUAAUUGGAACAACAUUAGAACGUUGGAACAGAUAAUUGGAACAACAUUAGAACUUUGGGAGAUAUCAUUGGAACACUGGAAGAACGUUGGAACGUUCACAAGGAUGUUGGACUGUCGUUGGACUCAGUGCUAUUGGACCUUCCUCAUGACUUUUGAACAGCGUAGUGAACCACUCCAGUCGGUAGACAUCAAGUCGGUUAAAGACUCUUCGUAUACUCAUCCGAGGCAUGGUUUACUAUAACUCCCAAGAAGUGGACUGAUCACGCUUGUCAAGCAUUUUUAUGUCAGUUAAAAUCUCCCCUUUCCCAAUGAGCACAAGAUGUUGAAAAUACAUGUUUUUUUGUUGAAAAUACAUACAACAAAUACAUAUUAAAAAAUGUUGCUCACUGGGUUCUGACAUGGAAGAAGAUAUUUUCUUUUUCGGACUAGAAAGACACACUGGUAGAGGAUCGGGAAAAUAACAUGGCAAGCAAAUAUUACAGGGACAAUGGGAAAGAAAGAGGGACCAAUGAUGACAUUUAUAUGAGCUAGGACAGUUGGAAUGACUGGUAGUCUUGACUGAUGCGAGCAGUAUCCCUACAUUGUGUUUAAGCUGCUCUAUACGUUCUAGUCUAUUCCCGCACUAAGGGAGGGCAAUAGAACUACACAGCAAAGAUAUUACGUCUCUAUAGUUACAUAAUGUAGAAUCUCGUUUUCUAUAAACAUAUUUAAUUUUAUUUAAUUUGAUUUUAAACACUGGAAUUCCACCAACAACAAUGCACAGGAUUGCAUUCUCAUGUUCAGCUGAGGCUUUUACACUUCUUCCGGAGAGUGUAAUUGAAACAAGAUGCAAGGUGCUAUACAGGGGUUGCAUUACACCUUUAUGUCUGUCUUUAACAUUAUUUAUUCCUUAUAUCACAUAGGUCUCCUGUGUUCAUUUUCAAUAGGAUUACUGCAUAUGAAGCAUUUUGGGGGUUGAAUAUUGAUCACUCUUCCGGUCUCAAUAUAAUUUGAGCUGUCAGCCUUUGUGCACACAGACAAUAGCCUAGAUUCAAUCAGAUCUAGCGUUAUCCGGCGAUAGCAGACACCCGCAUAGGGGAUGUUUUGGCGGUGUCAGAGGAAGAAA